AUGGGUGAAUUUGUUGAUGCUGGACAGGCGGUUGGUCAAUUGACUGAAUCACCACUAGAUAGUGAGUUACAAGCUCUCCUCAUUGCAAUGCAGCACAAUUGGAGCAAAGGACACAGAAAUGUCAUAUUUGAAGGUGAUUGCAAGCAACUAACGGAUAUUCUUGAUGGAAAAAUGCUAAAUUCAGGAGUUUUAACUGGAUCCUGUAUUGAUUAUCGGGGUUUGAACCGGGUCACUGUGAAGAACAAGUAUCCUCUUCCUAGGAUCGAUGAGUUGUUGGAUCAGUUGAGGGGUGCUACUUGGUUCUCCAAGGUAGAUCUGGCGUCGGGUUAUCAUCAGAUACCGAUAGAUGAGGCAGAUGUGAGGAAGACUGCUUUCAGGACGAGAUAUGGGCACUAUGAGUUUGUGGUGAUGCCCUUCGGAUUGACUAACGCGCCAGCAGCGUUUAUGAGAUUGAUGAACAGUGUGUUUCAGGAGUUUCUGGAUGUAUCUGUCAUCAUUUUCAUCGACGAUAUCCUGGUCUAUUCUAAGAGUCCUGAGGAGCAUGCAGUGCAUUUGAGGGCAGUUAUGGAGAAGCUGCGGGAGCAGAAGUUGUUUGCCAAGUUGAGCAAGUGUAGU